GUGUCUGUGGGGCUGCGGCUGAGGAGGGGGGCAGCAUGACUGGGAAAGAGCCGCUGCUGGGGACCCUGAAAGCGUGCAUCCUCGCCAUCAAGGAGGGGAGCAGCCCGUGCACUGACGCCUCCCCGCACCUAGCCCCCUUCUGCGAGAUCUUGGAAACGAUCCUUCGAAAAGGAAUUAAACAGCCGGUGCUGGGCUUCAAGAGACGAGAUUACUGGCACUGGUUAGAGCAGCUUCCUCAGCAGGAUACCUGCAGUGGGGUGACCCCCUUGUCAAUCAUGGUAGAGAAAGCCAGUUCCUGUGAGAAGGUGCUGACAGCGCAGGGACGAGGGCGGUACUUCCUGCGCCUAGCUUUAAAUCAGAAGUUACUAGCUACUGCCAUUCAACAGCUGGCUCGGAAUCCAAAACUGCUGGAGUGUUACGAUCCUCUGGUCUCAGUGCUGGGAAAUGAAGAUUUCAUGGAGCCGUUCCUCUCACUGAUGCUGGUGGUGUCAGAGAUGAAUUUCUCCCUGGAUCUGCAGAAUUCCAGUUUCUUGGAUGAAAGUUGGCUGCUGCCGGUGUGCAUGACCUAUGAGACUGUACCCUGCAGAGAACUGGGGAUGGUGCUCAGGUACUUGGACGGUCGGAUCUUCGUCAUCGAGGUGCUUCCCGAGAGCCAGGCAGAGGUGGAUGAGGUGGUGCUGGCUGGAGACGUCAUUGACGAGAUCAGUGGCUUUUCCCUGAGAAAUGCACGCAACGGACAGGCAGGGACUGUGCUGCAGAAGCUGAAGGGCAAGCCCCUGAGCUUCCGCAUGAUCCGGUGGAAGUGGCACGACGGAGGGAUGUACAAGCCGCUGCUGCCCUACCUGAAAGUGCUGAGGGAGAAGGUCCCCAGCUUCCAGCUCCAACAGGAGCACAGACACAAAGAGGAGAAGGAGGAGCGGUGCCUGCAGGGGGGCAGGCUACUGUACAACCUACGGUACCUGGGCCAGGCCAAUGUCGGAAAGUACGGUGGCAAAGAGGUGCUGGACGAAGGCAUACCCAAGGUGUUAGAGCAGCACCUGUGCCCACAGGAAGUUUUAUUUGACGUGAAAGAAACUGAAGUCUUCAUACAAGAGAAAACCUCUUCCAAGGUUCUGUUCCAAUACCCCUAUCCAGAGAUCUCCUGUGUGGGUCGCCGUCUGGACAGCAACAAUCUUUUUGCCUUUUGCGUUGCGGUUUCACCAGGGACCCCUGAACACAGUACCUUUGACUGUCUGGUGUUUGAAUCAAAUUCUGAGACUGAAUGUGAAGAAAUUAUCAAGAGAAUUGCUGCUGGAUUUAAACACACUGAAUGGUUUGUCUGAUGAGAAGGUGGUGUGAUGACUCUAGCUCUGAGCAUUCUCCAGGCACUCCAGUGACCCACAUUUGGAGCCCUGGUGACAAUUCCAUCCUAUUUUCAGAUGUUAAGACCUUGACAACGGAUUAAGAGGCUGUCUUCACCUGUAAUAUGAACUGAAUUUAGGAUUUUAUUUUUAAACUGUCAGAAUUUUGGAAGGAAGUGUUUCAAAUGCAGUCUAUUCUAAGGUAUCCGUCUGAAGGCCAAGGCUAACUUACCUGCCCACUCUCAACAUCAUAAGUUGUUUAUUUAAA